AUGGCCACGACAACAGCGGCAAGCAUAGCAACAUCAUCCACUUCCGAUUCCAUGUCAUUAUUGGAACGUACCAAGGCGCUGAUACAAGCCGAGCGGUCCUUGACGGCCACCAUUGAAAAGGUGGAACCCUGGAUGGCCUCCAAUGUGUACCACAAAUCAUCCAUUCACCGCGCCACCAUUGUGAGACCCAUUCCCCGGACCAUGGACGAAGUUCAUAAAGUACUAGCAGUAGGCCGCAACUUUGCGUCCCGGACCUCGGCUCCCGCCGGAUGGAAUCCUGCGGCGCCUCUGGUGGGGUUCAGCACACCGAAUCCAUUGCCCCAUCAAUUGCGGGGUGGUACCAUGGCGGCCUUGCAAUUGGAGAGAGCCAAACAAUCCGAGAGUGACAAGAAACGAAAACGACAAUUGGAAGAAGAAGAAAAACAAGAGGCAGCUGCCAAGAAACAAGCCGAAGAAGCCGCUCAAUCGAGAACCGAACAAGCCAAUAAGGAAUAUAACGAAAGGAAGCAACAACAACAAAAGCAGCAGCAACAACAACAUGCUAGAAGAGUGGCUAUGAAUCAAGCACAACCAGCUACGGAUGCCAAUAUGAAUUUGAGUGAUAGCAGCAGUAGUGAAGAAGAAUCUAGUGAAGAUGACUAG